ACUACCAUACAAAAUUGUUGGAAAAAAGCAAAGUUCCCAGCUGAAGUUACAGAGUCCAUUCAAGAUCCAUUUGAGUCGUCUGAUGAGUCUGAUGAAGAGGAUGUUGCAACUGAUCGUACAGAAAGUCGUGACACAGGUGAUACAAUUUGGGAACGGCUUGCAAGGCACUAUCCUUCGAUUGCAGAUAUGUCCUUUGGGGAGUUUGCAUCUGUAGAUGACGAUCUAUUCACAGAGAGGCAACUGACCGCCGAGGAUGCUACAAGAGAAGCACUUGAGGCAGCUAAGUCAACAGAAGACACAGAGUCUAGGGCCGAUUGUAGUGAGGUAGAAUCCGAAGAAGACGAGGUCGAGAUAGUAGAACCGCCCAAAAUACUUAGUUCCCUACAAGCGACAGAACAUGUAAGAAACUUAAGGGAUUUCGUUUUCUGUCGUCAACAGAGUCAGGUGAAAAAGAGCAUGAGUUUUUGUUAUCGUUAA